AUGUUUAAUUCGGAUCAUUGUAAUUCGGAAAUAACGGUACAAGAGAUUAAUCGUUUUCAGAAUGGGCAACUUAAAAAUGAUUUUCUAUUUCCCAAACUAUUGACAAACUUCUUUGGUUGUCCGCUUACGGUAUCGGCACAGAUUUAUGAGCCUCUGCUAACAUUUGAGGGAGAUAUAAAAAAUGAAACUCAUUUAGUGGACAUGCAACGCUUGGGCGGAAUAGAAGGUGAAAUCCUAAAGCUGGUAGCAGAGGCAUUAAAUUUUAAAAUUCACAUGCGUUUCAGCGAAGAGUUAAGUGAGAUUAAUUUACGGUCAAAUUCAACGGGUUGCUUCAAAGAUUUAGAGCAAGAGAUUGCUCUAAUAGCUAUUGGAGGUUUAAGUUCAAAUCUAGUAAACAACAGCAAAUUUACCAAAUCAUUUGUGUACCACACCACACCCUAUAAGUUUGCGGUUCGCAGCAAUAUAUUUUUUGGACCAAUUAAACAGUUAAUAAAUCCCCUAAACAAAACAACAUGGAUCAUUUUGUUAAUAUUCCUGGCCAUCUUGAUUACUUUAAUACAAGUCAUUGUGCAUUUGAAAACUUCGAAAAUACGAAGUUUUAUAUUUGGCGUUGGGAACAAACACCCUGCUUUCAAUUUGAUUACAACAUUUUUGGGUUAUUCGCUGACAAAUCGAGCUUUACCCCAACGAAAUUUUGCUCGUUUUCUGCUAGUGUCCUGGUUGUUUAUGGUAUUGGCAAUUCGUAAUGGCUAUCAGGGGAAAAUGUUUGACAGUCUCCGACUAGCAAAACGUAUGCCUGUGCCUAAAACUAUUACGGAACUCAUUGCUAAGGACUAUACUCUAUUGAACCCUGUCUAUACAAGUUUCUAUCCAAGGAAUAAAACAUCGAUUUACUGCAAUUCCACGUCACUACUGCAACAAAUACAAUCAAGUGAACAGCUCUUAGCGGCAGCUACCAUUUUGGAAUCCUUGGCUCACUACAAUUUCCAGAAUAGUAAUAGCAGUUCUUUGAGUCCUGUCGACGAAACUAUUUACUCAUAUCAGUGUGUCAUGUACUUUAAUAAAUAUUCAGUUUUGCGUGAAAGUUUCGAACGCAAUUUGAAAUUAUUCACCAAUUCUGGCAUAACCUCACACAUUGCAAAGAAACAUUCUCGCGUUUAUUACCAGGACAAGAGUACCAGCUCCCAGGAUAUAGGAGUUAUUACAUCCAGGAACUUAAGAGGAUUAUACUAUAUAUAUAGUAUAAUGUGUCAAAUAUCCAUAUUAAUAUUUAUAUUGGAACUAUUGACCAAGAAAUCGGAGAAUUUGAAAAGGUUAAUGGAUUGGUUAAAUUAA